CCCUCCGACCCUCCGACUGACGAUUGGUACGGUCCUCCUAGGCUUGAUCGAUCGUAAAUGCCGAGCAGUGCAAGAGAAUCAGCAGCCAUGUCGUGAUGAAGAUGGGAAACAUCUCCAGUCAGACAGAGAAAAGAGGUAAAAGGACCGCAUCUCCAAAGUUUCGGGUGGGUAGAGACGGCAAGAAGCUACAGGAAAUCGCUAGAGGACCGGGCGAAUCGGCAUCGAGUCCCGAAAGUUCCGUAUCCGGUUCCGUUUACGUGGACACAGCAAGCCGCUUGCCAAGUCCCGAAGAGACAUCGGCCGACGACGCUUCGACGUUAAAAGAUACGUCUCCAGGUAGUACCAGCGACGUGACAGUGUUGUGCGAGUCCACGCAAUCUUGCCCUGGAAGUCCGGAUUCUCAGAGGCCAUUGCCGCGAAGGAAGAGCGAACCCCUAUCUAAAUAUUCGGCAUCUACAAUAUCUGUACCGACUUUUACGCUGACUCAACAUAAAAAAGUCAUCCUCCCUCCUAAUCCCUUCGUCACUCCAGGCAAAUGGACUCUUGACGAUCCCCUUAGACCCUCUUCUCUUUACGUUCACACCGAUGCUUCGAGGACUUUUGGGCACAGAAGAUAUUCUUCGUACGAUGCACCUCUAAACAGUGGUCGAUCCGCUAUGGGCAAUCUAUACAGACCGACUUUUGUACCGGAGAAAUUGGAUUACGGACUGAGGCAGAAGUUUGAAGGUCACGUAUUGGUAAAUUGGUUAUGUAUUUCAUGCACGGAACAACCUCGACAUUUGCUGACACAGCAGGAUCUAAGGACGUUGGUUGCUCAGUUCUGUACGUGUCUUCUAGCUGCUGGAGUUAUGAGGCAGAUAGAAGACGAGUCAAUGCCCCUGGAUAAUGUCUUCCGAACAGAUUUUACUUAUUGCUGGUCGUUACCACCUUCGAGCAGUCAACAGUCGAGAUCCUUAUCCUCUCUAGCAUGGACAGCCUCGGGAGAUGUUGCUUCAAAUUACCGUCAUAUGGAUCUUGGUCAACCAGAACAAAGAAGAAGAGCACAAAGGAUAAACACGGAACGGCCAAAGGAAAGACACAUGGAAACUAUACAGAGAAUACAGAAGGAACAGGAAAUAAAUCUGUUUCAUUUACGUGGGGAACAAGCGGCUAAACUUAACGAAUACGAGGACAAAAUAUGCUACUUGGAAAGAGAGGUGGACAAGUAUCAGACAUUAGCAGGGAUUGCCGAAUUGGCGCGUAAAGCCAAACAUGAUUUAGAUUCUACACCUACAUCACCAAUGGAUAUGGUCCCGAUAGUAGUGAAGUCUGUUAACUCGACUCAAACCGAUAGCUUACAGACGGCGUGUACAGAAUGUCAGACUGUUUCCGUUAAAACUAUAAGUGUAGAGAUACAGACAGAGGCAGAGACGGCACCAAACACAGCACCGGAUUUGGUCUCGCAUCUGAAAGAAAGGACUCAGGUACCCGAAGGUACAACGGUACAAAAUGGUACCAAAGAGUCACCACCGUUACCUUCGCCACCUUGUCUUCCAGUUCCAACGCCGCCCAAUUUUCCGAUCGGUGCAACACCUUCGCCACCUCCUCUUCCUCCUGCCACUACUAAUGGCCAUUCUCCUCCUCUUCCACCUCCUCCUCCGAUGCCAGUCGGAGAAGAAAUGCCACCGACAUCGUCUCCUCUUCCACCUCCUCCUCCUCCACCUCCACCACCUUGCCCUGUUGUUUCGUCAGCAGUUUCUUCACCCCGUCUAGUUGUUCGCAAGGAACCCAUAAGUCCAAAAACUUCGAUGAAACCAUUAUACUGGUCAAGGAUUCAGCUUCCACCACACCCGACAGAGCCAUCAGUUUGGGAGGGAUUAGUAGAAAAACCAAACGUCAGUUGGGAAGAAUUUGGAGAACUCUUUGGGAAACAGACGUCUGAUAAAGGAAAAACUAGCCAUAGAAAGAGGCAGAGAGGACACGGGAAAGAGGUUGUACGUCUACUGGAUCAGAAACGAUGGCAAAAUUUAGAUUUGCUGAUAUCCAGUUUACAAGUUCAAAUAGCCGACAUAGAAAAUGCUGUUUAUAAUAUCGAUACAGGAGCCUUUAAUUUGCAAUCUCUGCAAGCGUUAUACGAUAUUGUAAGUUGA